ACCCGUUUUAUGUCUCGACAUGCCGAGAAGUACUGUCUGUAUCUAUCCGAUGGAUAGGAGCUCUGAGCCGAGAUAAACACAGUCUCUAAAAGAUUCUCUGAUACAACCAGCGGGUCUGACUCUACCGGAUGUUGGCAACUUGUGGGACACUUAAUACUCAGACCUCCUUCCAUUAAUCAUCAUCAGGAUUUUGGUUCCAGAGUUAACGAGGCCUAGCAAUGAUUGAGCUCCUACUGGCCAGUCAUCAACACAGAGAAAUACCACAGCAGCCCUCCACGGAUUGAUGACAAAUUGCAGCACUUUGAUAUUGGGCAGUUUCUUACUAGUCCACUUUUAGGACAAGUCUGUAAAUCAUUCUGGAGUCUUAUCACUGCAGUAUCACAAAAGGAGUUUGGUGUAGAAAAGCAAUGCGGGAAUGAAAUUGACACUGAUUAUAAUUACGUAGGACUAGCAGUUAGAGUGGUGGAAAUUAUGUGAAGUUUGCCUGUGAAGAAAUUCAUUUUAUCAGUCGGAGCUAAUAGGGUGGCUUUACUGUCGCAUGAGUCAUCAUUUGUGCUGGAUUAGGGUGGGCUAUUAAGACAUUAUGGAGAGUGGAUAUUCAUGGAGAUAAAUGGACUCAUUAAAAUUGACUCUCUAAAGCUAAGGCCAUUGAACGAGUGGUAUUCGACCUCACUUGAAUCUUAGUGAGAGGGGCUUUUAUCAAUGACAGGUUUAUGAUUCGGUGAAUCGUUUGUAAUGUUUAGGAUGGGUAUGACUUGCUCAUGUGAACACUCGGUUUGCGUUGAUAGUUUGGGUUUGUACCGAGGAGGUGUUUUCAUGACGAGAAACGUGAGGUAACCGGUGAUGGAGUACCAGCUAAGAAAGGGCCACAACGGAGGUGGCCAUCACCCAACGCUGAGAUACUCGUGCGAUUUUGUACGUUGGAUCAAACGCAAUGGAAUCCUGAUGAGGUUGAUCAUGCUGAUUGCAAUCCUAACCAUCAGCAUCCCGCUCGUUACUCAUUACUAUUUGAGUAACGCCGACGCGCCGGCCAGCGUCAGUCGACAAACCGUGCAGGUGUCCAUGGAGAACGUCCACGCCAUGAAACCUCAGGAGCUCAAGGUUCACUUGGAGGAGUUACACCGAAUCCGGACCUCGGUCCAGCACGAGUUGCGCGGUCUGGAGGAGAAACGCAAAGACAUGCAGAAUAAGAUCGAUCAACUCACGAAUCUCAUCACCACCAAGACUCAAGAAACUCGGAACUCUCAGGAUAAACUAGACAAGGUGAACUUUGAGAUCGAGCAGAAACGCAAGAACUACGAGGAGGUAAUGCAGCGUGCUAUGCUCUAUAUUGGAGCGCCCAAGCAGAUCCUACCUCAGUUGGAUGAUAAUGGUGACGUGGAUCCACCGCAAGCAAGUUCAAAAUGCCGACAACAUAAUUGCUUUGAUUAUUCGCGUUGUGCGCUCACAUCACAUUUUCCCGUUUACAUAUACGCCAUGGAGGAUGUCGUGCUUUCAAAGAGACCAGUGGAUUAUUUCAUAAGGAGUAGCGUUGCGAAUGUUAUGACAACCAACCCUCAUGUUACUUUCGAUCCUAAUAUUGCUUGUGUAUAUCUUGUAUUAAUCGGUGACACCGAGGACCAUUGGCAGGGCACCAACAGCCUUGAGUUGGAGGCUAGCCUCCGGAAGCUACCAUUAUGGAAGGGGGAUGGCAGGAAUCACGUUUUGUUGAAUCUUGCGAGAAACGUUUCGAUGAAAAAUAUACUUUAUAGCAUCAAUACAGAUCGUGCAAUUGUGGUGCAGUCGAGUUUUGACAACUCUCAAUUCCGUCCAGGGUUCGAUAUCGUUGCCUCGAUGCUUUUAGGGAAAGAAUCGGGAUACGACUGGAAAGAGACCCCGUCCCACCUUCCCGCUAAGAGAAAAAUUCUGAUGUCUUUCGAGGGAGUUUUAUCGCCAUACACUAACAGACAAUUUGACCACACCCAUGUUGGGGUUGAGGACGUCGUCAUGAGUCGACGCCUAAAAGAAGUCAAUAGAACUAAAGCAAACUCAGUUAGUGACUUUAUCACGGAAGAACUUCUGAAGUUGAAAGGCAUACAAGGGGGGGAAUUUUAUAUUGAGUUUAAUUGUCCGCCUCUAAACGCAGACCCAUCGACAGUGGAUCUAUCGGAAUGGUGGAUUUGUAGAACCAAAGAAAGGCUUAGUAUUUUAAAACAGUCAACGUUUGUGUUGAUCAUAGCACCGGAUGAUCAUAUUGUAUCAUCCACCAUGAUACAGAAGAGACUAUUUGAAGCAUUAAAGCAUGGAGCGAUUCCAGUUAUCCUGGGAGAGCAUGUUCAUCUUCCCUUUAGCGAAUUCAUCAUGUGGAACAAAGCUGCAAUCAUCCUACCGAAGGCCCGGGCUUCAGAGCUUCACUUUUACCUCAAGACAAUCCAAGAUAACGAUAUCUUGCUGUUCCGACGCCAAGGUUGGUUCAUCUGGACCACGUACUUGAGCUCCACCAGCGCCGUCAUCAACACCAUCCUAGCGACCCUAAGAACCAGGCUAUCCAUCCCAGCGAGUAUCAUCCGGGAUGAGCAAUCACCGAGCAUCUUCCCAAGCGGCAUCCCACCGAAGCAGAAACAAGUCCAGAGCAUGAUUCCGGAAUCAGAUGACUUCUUCCCACCUCCUGAACUCCCCUAUCCCUCCCUCAAAUACCUCCGCAAUUUCACCUACAGCACCAUCAAUCGCGAUACGUCAUGGAACAACGUCCCUGGUCCUUUCAACCUCUUUCCCAACACCCCGUUUGAUCCCCUUCUCCCCUCAGACGCCAAGUUCAUCGGGUCGGGGCUUGGGUUCCGACCGAUUGGGAAAGGCUCUGGAGGCACUGGGAGGGAGUUUCAAGAAGCUCUCGGAGGUAACGUUCCUGGAGAGCAGUUUACGAUCAUCAUGUUGACUUAUGAGAGAGAAGUUCUACUCAUGACUUCAUUGGAGAGAUUGAUGGGGUUGCCGUAUCUUAACAAGGUUAUAGUCGUAUGGAAUUCACCAAAACCUGCUGCUCCGGAUAUUAUCUGGCCUGAAAUCCAUGUACCAAUCAAAGUGAUUCGUACCAAGAGGAACAGUCUAAACAAUCGGUUUCUACCUUACGAUGAGAUCGAGACUGAAGCUAUACUAUCCCUAGAUGAUGACGCACAUCUUAGACAUGAUGAGAUUCUAUUUGGCUUCAGAGUAUGGCGUGAGAACCGUGAGCAGAUAGUAGGGUUUCCAGGGCGAUAUCACGCUUGGGAUGUCAAUCAAAAUAAUGGAUUUCUUUACAACUCAAACUACUCCUGUGAGCUGUCUAUGGUCUUAACAGGAGCAGCUUUCUUUCAUAAGUAUUAUGCAUACCUGUAUAGUAACAUUAUGCCACAAGUAAUCAGAGAUAAAGUGGAUGAAUAUAUGAACUGUGAAGACAUCGCAAUGAACUUCCUGGUAUCUCACGUCACAAGAAAACCACCAGUAAAGGUCACUUCUCGCUGGACGUUCCGCUGUCCCUCUUGCCCAGAAGCUCUCUCCAAAGACGACUGGCAUUUCAAGGAGCGUCACAAGUGCAUGCAAUUCUUUACCAGGGUCUACGGGUAUAUGCCUCUCUUAUACACACAAUUCCGAGUAGACUCAGUGCUAUUUAAGACGCGGGUGCCCCACGAUAAACAAAAGUGUUUUAAAUUUGUUUAGUGUUAUUAUUUUGUUGUUUGUGACCUUAUUUAUAAACUGUUUAAUGAGAUGCGGAACUAGUUGGAGAAAAACGAGAAUGCUUGGUUGGAGACACUUCAGACGGAGGUUCUCCUGUAGGGGCUGGUUUAUAGUCGGUCACGCGAUGGAUGCAUGAUUGUUGCACGGUGUUUGUUCGACUAAAAACUUGACAAGUGAUUAUUUUAAAAAAAGUUAUCACUGAGGUGUUAGUGAAUAGCCGGUGAGGAUGCUUGUGAUCAACAAAGUUCAAGGAAUACAUCGUGAGAAUGACUAUAAACUAGUUUGAAGACUUUUGCCACUGUAUCUGGCAAGCACGGGGGGGGG